AUUGAGUAACAUUUCUGCCUGACCUGGGAGACUCAGCUCCAUAAGGCGUACGCUGCAGUUACCCUAAAUAUCCCUAACAACAUCAACACUGCAACUUUUAAUAUUGUUGUCCUGAAGAAAUAUUUUAUAAACUGGUUUUCCCUUGCUGCCUCACUGUUCUAUUGGGACGUCAGAGAUCCUUGUGUUUGUUCUGUGAGGAGAAUUUUCACUUGGGAAGAGACAGUCACUGGUCCGAGUGAGUUGCGAGUCUUCCUCUUGUAAUCAUGACUUUUGAAGUGAAAAAGUUGUUCUCCUGGGACACUCAAUACAGUGCUGAUUCAGUCGAAUUUUGUCCUGUGGACCCAUAUCAAGAUUACCUUGCAGUAGGCACCUACCAGCUGGCAGACCAAGAACAGAGUUUCGAGAUAUGUGAACAAGAGACUGUGAAAUCAAACCUACUGUCCAGUGAUGUGCCAAAGAAAAGACUGGGGCGCCUUUAUCUGAAGAAAAUGAUAAAUGAGAAAGACUUAGUAUUGGUUCAGCAGAUUGAUAUGCCUGCUAUUCUAGAUAUGAAAUGGUGUCAUCACAAGAUACAUGGUUACCCAAUACUUGCCAUUGCAAAUGCUUCAGGUCAGUUAAUUUUGUACAAGUUAGAAACUGUUAAUGAUGGAGCAGUAAAGUUAAAAUUUUGGAUUAAAUACUCAAUAAAUGAGGAAGACACCCUUGCUCUGUCACUAGAUUGGUCAACGGGGAAAAUUCACUGUGAAAAUCCAUCAAUUUCAGUUAGUGAUUCAAAAGGGAAAAUUAGCAUGUUGCAGCUUCAAAAUCAAGAACUGAUACUCCAGGAAAGAUUUGUAGCUCAUGAGUUUGAAGCAUGGAUCACUGCUUUUGAUUAUUGGAAUCCGAACAUAAUUUAUACAGGGGGCGAUGACUGUAAGUUUCGGGGAUUUGAUGCAAGAGUCAAUCCGGCCACUCCUGUAUUCACUAGCAGGGCACACAAUGCAGGCGUAACAAGUAUUCAUAGAAAUGCAAAUUCUGAGUAUUUUCUAGCAAGUGGGAGUUACGAUGAAAAUGUGUGUUUAUGGGACACUAGGCAGUUAAAAUCUGCAUGCUCAGCAACAUCCCUUGGUGGUGGAAUAUGGCGUCUGAAAUGGGAACCACAUGGUAGAGAUCUAUUACUGGCUGCUUGCAUGCAUAAUGGAUUCCACAUCACAGAUACUUCCAUCUCUAACAUACAAAUUGUUGCUUCCUUCACAGAACAUGAGAGCCUGGCUUAUGGGGUGGAUUGGUGGCCAGGUUCAACAGGUUUAAGUAAUAUCAUUGCUUCAGCAUCCUUUUAUGAUCAUUUACUUUGUUUGUGGAAAUUUGUAGUGUAAUAAAAAUUUCUUUGUUACA